AUGGUGAAUCCUAUGGUGGAACGGGCUACGAGCGACAUGUUGAUCGGGCCUGAUUGGGCUAUGAAUAUCGAGAUCUGCGACAUGUGCAACCACGACCCUGGGCAAGCAAAAGAUGUCGUUAAAGGAAUAAAGAAGCGCCUUGGAAGUAAGAAUGCCAAAGUUCAACUUCUUGCUUUGACAUUAAUGGAGACUAUCAUAAAGAAUUGCGGGGAUAUCGUCCACAUGCAAGUGGCAGAGAGAGGUUUGCUCCAUGACAUGGUGAAAAUAGCGCGGAAAAAGCCUGACCUUCAUGUCAAGGAGAAGGUUCUGACUCUGAUAGAUACAUGGCAAGAAGCUUUUGGAGGGCCAAGGGCAAGAUAUCCUCAAUAUUAUGCAGCAUACCAGGAGUUGUUGAGAGCUGGGGCAGUGUUUCCUCAGAGAUCGGAGCAAACAGCUCCGGUUUUCACACCUCCACAAACACAACCAUUAUCAUCAUAUCCGAAGAAUCUGCCGAAUCCUGAUGCGAGACCGGAGCCAGCUGAAUCCUCUGAGUCUGAGUUCCCAACCUUGAGCUUAUCGGAAAUCCAAAAUGCACGUGGUAUCAUGGAUGUCCUGGCAGAAAUGCUUAGUGCUAUAGAUCCGGGAAACAAAGAGGGUCUAAGGCAGGAAGUCAUAAUUGACCUAGUGGAUCAGUGUCGCACAUACAAGCAAAGAGUGGUGCACCUUGUUAAUUCGACAGCGGAUGAAUCACUGCUAUGUCAAGGUUUGGCACUUAAUGAUGACUUGCAGCGUGUUUUAGCCAAACAUGAAGCCAUUUCGUCAGGAACUGUUCUUCCGAAAGAUAAGCCAAAGACGGAUACUCAACCUAGUGGGAGUCUAGUUGAUGUUGAUGGUCCUCUAGUUGAUGUUGCGGGUGCCAAACAGUCUAAUCAGGAAUCUCCUUCGAGUUCAAGUGGAGCCAAUCAGCCACUGAACCAGCUAUUGCUUCCUGCACCCCCCACGAGCAAUGGUCCAGCCACUCCAUCAACAGCAGCCAAUCCUAAGAUGGAUCUGUUAAGUGGUGAUGACUUCAGUUCCCCAAAGGCUGGUGACACAUCACUUGCUCUUGUUCCUGUAGGUGAAACACAGGCCACUACUUCUCCUUCUCAGCAGAAUGCACUUGUCCUGUUCGACAUGUUCUCCGACAAUCAACCAAACGGUGUUGCAAACAAUCCUGCCAAUGCUAACAUGCAGCCUACUCCAUUCGAUGGUCAAAAUAACACUAUGACCCAGCAAUUCCAACCACAGCAAAAUUUCCAACCUCCAGAACAACCUGCGAUGUACCCUAAUGGAACCACGCCGAAUAUGGGAUCGCCAUUCAUGCAAGGUUCUGUCCCUGCCUGGAAUGGACAGCUCACCCAGCAGCCUCAACAGCCCGUCUCUCCAGUUUAUGGUUCAAAACCAGACGGCUCGCUUCCUCCACCACCAUGGGAAGCUCAGCUAGCAGCAGAUGGCAUUGGAAGCCCAGUAGCAGGAUCUCAAUACCCAUCACAGCCCAUGCAAGUUACUCAGGUGGUCGUCACUCACAGUCAGCCACUGACCAACCCUAUGCACCCGAUGGGACCAAUGGGAACCGAUCCUGGAGUGGGAAUCUAUAUCCAACCAGUUACAAGCGCCCCGAUGUCACCCAUGAGCAAUUCGGCAGCUGGAGGACAGGGCAACCCAUAUUUUGGAAUGCAGUAUCCCCAGCAAGCCGGAGGGGGGCAGUACAUUGGGAUGGGAAUGGCCCCACAGUUACCAAUGUAUCCUCAACAGCAACAGCAGCUGCAGCAGCUACAGCUACAGCAACAGCAACAGCAGCUACAGCAACAGCAGCAGAUGUAUAGCAACCAAAUGGCAGGAUAUGGAGGAUAUGGUGGUGGUAUGUACGGACAGCAACCGCAGCAACAUCAGCUGACGCCUCAGCAGCAGCGGUACCUAGAGCAGAAAAUGUAUGGAAUGUCGGUGAGAGACGACAGCAGCUUGAGAAGCUCGUCUUCUUACGGGCUACCUUCAUCGAACUCUUCGUCUAUGGUCCCAAAGCCAUCAAAGCCGGAAGAUAAGCUGUUUGGUGAUCUGGUCGACCUUACCAAGUUCAAGCCGGCGAAAACUCCAGGGGGUAGUAUGUGA